AUGUUCAGUCGUUUGUUGCUAGAGCAACUGGUACUAGGACGAGUUGCAGUUAAUCCCUCAAUGAUACCCAUUGUCACAUUUUUAAAAACCUUUACACAAUUUCCAAAUUUUGUUCAAACAACCUUCAAUGAUACCAUCAAAUCAAUUAAAGUUUCCACUCAAAUGAUUAUUAUUUACAUUAAUAUUUACCCAAUUAUACAAAGCAGGUGUACUGCGGUUGGAUUUGCAUUCGGACUUCUAAAAUAUAUUUCAUACAAUCCUAUGAUCAUAUCUGACACACCAGAACCGAUGCUGAAUUCAUGA